AAUGUUGUGUUCAGAUUUGGUUGAGAUGCUCUUGCAAUAUAAUGUAAAACUAAUGCAACUUGCGUACAAGUAAACGAAAGCUUUAUUUUGUGCUUUAAUAUAAAACGCACUGAUAAUAAUUGUACCCAAAACGAGGGAGGGCAUUCACCGAACGUUCGGGGUCUUAAUGCUAAUUAACUACGAAGAUUAGCUCAAACGUGCCAUAGCAGGCUGGUGUUCACCGAAGCGCAAUCACAACCGCAGACACGAUGCGCUGUGGCGGUCGCGUGCGCAUCUCAAGCUUUUUUAGCUUAUUUUAUCGGGCUAUUUACGUUUACGCGAAUAUCGUAGUUACGGAAACCGCUGACUACGGUGUGCCUAUAGAAAUUAAGAUAUGGGAUACCACACGUACGCCAUUAGCUCACAUGGUAGAUGUGACGAACGAAUUUGGUUUAAAAGUGUUGGCUGAACAUAAUUUUCUCAACGAUAAUAAUAUUGCAUUUUCGCCAUACGGACUUAUGGGCAUAUUGGUGGCUUUAUAUGAGGGCGUCGAUGGAGAAUCCUCAUACCAGCUGCAGCGAGGGAUUCAACUACCAUGGAACAGAAACGUUAUGAGGAUAGGUUUUAGGGACAUACAUCGCACUCUAAAAACGUAUUUCGUCCCAGAAGAAGGAUUUCUAGCUGGUCUCGCAUUAAACAAUGAAAAUGUAACGUUCAACGAAAGUUACAAAAAAAUACUAAGGUUCUACGGUUUUGAUUUAGACAAUGAUCAACUACCCACAUUUCUGCCCCAAGGAAAUAAUAAUACUGCAAAUGAAAACACGACAACAGCGCCGCUAAAUCCUACAUCCACUGUCCAAACUAUUACAACCUUUCAACCUUCAACCUUAACAACAGCAUCUAUAACAAAGGAAAAUAAACCUCGCGAGGAAACGACACCAUCUCUUCCAAACACAGAAAGCACGAUAAAUCCUAAUGUCGAGACUAUAACUCCCGGUUCCUCGACUACGGCAAAUCCAUCUUCUGCUUCAAAUAUAGAAGAUGCUCUAUUAACUACAUCUAUUAUUACCACAAUAUCAACAAGCAGUAGAGAGCCAGCCCCCCUAGAAACAACAUCCGAGAUGACAACAGUACCCGUGUCUACUGAAAAUCAAAACGUCCUCUCUACUAUAGAAAACACACUAAUAACAACAACUCCAAAUGUUCAAACGACCACGGAUACAUUAAAGGAAAAUUCAUCAGAAACGUCAACUACUGAAGAAACUAUCACCAGUAAUGAGAUAGACAAUGGCACAACUAGAGAUUUAACAUCCAACAUGAUAGUAACAUCAUCUAUUAGCGAAACUUCUACAAGCACAUCUGCCUUCAGUACGACUUUCUCUAACACCGAAACUACACAAAUAACAAACAUGAUGACUUUAGAGACUGAGCAAACUGCUACUUCUCUUGGCGAAACGACGGAAAUUGUAGAUUCUUCUAGCACUACGGCGAGUGAUACGACUCUAGAGACACUCGAACGUCGUAAAAAAUCCAUUGUAGAUUUUUUAUUUACCAACCCCCCAUACGUUCACGAUUAUAUGUCAUAUCGAUCGUUUGAUAUCCCAGCUGAUUUACCUACGCAUAAUUUUGAUGAUAAAAUGUUUUUGGCGAAUGGAUUAAAAAGCGUACAAGUGUCAUACAUGCAUUACGAUACCAUCUUAGAACAUGCAUAUCUUCCUCAUUUAGAGGCUUCAGCCCUUCGCUUGCCACUAGAUAGCGAGCGUUACUACCUCCUGGUGGUGCUACCUGCCAGAAGAGGUCCAGCGGAAUUGGACCGCCUGCUCUCUCGCAUGGCGCGUGAAUCAGAUCUAUCAGAUAUAUACGCGGCAUUACGUCCACGGCGCGUCCGGGGGUCCGUUCCAAGUUUUAUUGUGAAAGGUCACGUGACACUGACAACAGAUUUGCAAAAAUUGGGGAUCCGAAACGUGUUUGAGCCACGACAACACGACUUUACACAAAUGACCAACCAGGCUGGUGUGUAUGUGCGUAGCAUCGAGCAGGCUGUUUCCGUCGCCAUUCGCAAGUACCGACCUGAUGAAUAUAAAAGGAAUAGGUACGUAACCAACCGCGAGCCGAUUACAUUUUUUGCGACUUAUCCAUUCCUAUACUUCGUGAUGGAUGCAAGCAUUCACGUGUCUCUCAUGGCCGGCAAAAUGGUGGACCCAUUAAAUACAAGGAUAUUAUAAUACAAGGCAAUAAUAAAAAGUUUCUCGUUUUAUUUUU